AUGAAAGGGAUGUUAUUGGUAGCUCUAGGUCGAGAUGCAGAUAAUGCAAUAUAUCCUAUUGCUUGGGCUGUAGUGCAAGUAGAAAACACAAAUAAUUGGUUGUGGUUUGUGAAAAAGAUAAAAGAUGAUUUGGGUCUGCUUAAUGGUGAAGGAUUUAUCAUGGUCUCGGAUAGGCAAAAAGGAUUAAUCAAAGCUGUUCAGACUGAGCUGCCAGAAAUAGAGCAUAGAAUGUGUGUGAGGCAUAUAUACACAAAUUUGAUGGGGAAGCAUGGAAAAAAAGGAACAGAUUUGAAGCUUCAUGUUUGGAAUCUUGCGUGGAGCUACAAUGAGCCACAAUAUUAUGAGAACUUGGACAGGAUAUUCAACUACGAUUCUCAACUUCAUGAAGAUGUGUUAAAGACAAAUCCCAAGUCUUGGUAUAGAGCAUUCUUUAAGCUUGGAAAUUACUGUGAAGAUGUUGAGAAUAAUUCAACAGAAUCGUGGAACAACACAAUUCUGAAGGCUAGAGACAAGCCAUAUGUCCCUAUGUUGGAGAUGAUUGCUCGACAGUCAAUGGUCCGUAUCGCAAAGAGAAGUGUGAUAACGUUAGAUCACAGAAGCUUGUGUACUCCUUAUGUGAUUGAGUACCUAGAAGAGGAGUUAGAGAAAGCAUCGGCGUGUGUGGUGCAUAGAAGCACAAAUAACACAUUUGAUGCGAGAAUUGGUGGGUGCUCGUAUCGUGUUAAUUUGGAAACUAGAAGUUGUACUUGUAGGAGGUGGGACAUCACAGGCAUUCCUUGUGAGCAUGCGUAUGGGGUCAUCUUAAGCAAGAAGCUUGAGGUUCAAGAUUAUGUGUGUCAUUGGUUUAGGACUGCUAUGUGGCGGAGGACUUAUUCUGAAGGUAUAAUACCGCUUAGAGGUGCAAGGUUUUGGCCUGUUGGAGAAGAACCACGAGUGCAUCAAGCUCCGGAGCCACCACAACCUGGCCGUAAGAAAGGUGAAAAAGAUGGAAAGAGAGGAAAUAACAGUAAAAAGAGGAAAAAAGGAAUAAAUGAGUCUCCAACAAAGAAGAAACCCAAGAUGUUGAAGAGGAUAAUGCAUUGUAGUCAAUGUGGUGUAGCUAAUCACAACUCUCGAUUUCACAAGAAAGCACAACAGGCUCCUCAGCGUGACUCUUCUCAGGUUGAGUCUUCACAGGCUCAAGAAUAA